GGAAACCCAUAGAGAUCAAUAGUUGCAGUUUGCUCUGGAGAUACAUGUAAUAACUGACAGCCACACAGCGGAGAGGAGCAACCAGCACCGGAUUAGGCACACAAAGCCAUACAGAGGAGUAGCUACAACAGGCUAACUUAGGCAGGGGUGAGGGGUAGUACAUCCUUCCUUUCGGAAGUAAUCAAUGCCGUCCACUCGGGCCUUCCAACCAUAAUGGGGAGGAGCGUGGGGCUUGAAACUGAAAGCAAGUGGGCACAAAUUGUUUGGUGGAAGAAGAAGAAGAGAGUGGGAGAGGAGGAGGAGGAGGAGGAGGAGGAGACAGGAGAAGCAAAGGAGGAGAAAGAGAGGGAGAAGGAGACCGAGAACACGAAGAGGAAGGAGGAAGGAGGGAGGAGGAAGAGGAAUGGACGAGGAAGGAGGAAGGAGGAGGAAAGAGGAGGAAGUAGAAGGAAGGAGGAGAAGGAUGGGGAGGAAGACAAAGGAGAAAGAGGAGGAAGAAGAAGAAUGUUGAAGAAGAGAGGAGGAGGAGGAGGAGGAGGAGGAGGAGACAGGAGAAGCAAAGGAGGAGAAGAAAGAGAGGGAGAAGGAGACCGAGAACACAAAGAGGAAGGAGGGAGGAGGAAGAAGAAUGGACGAGGAAGGACGAAGAAGGAGGAAGUAGAAGGAAGUAGGAGAAGGAUGAGGAGGAAGAGGAAGGAGGAAGAGGAAGAAGAAGAAGAAGAAGAAUGCUGAAGAAGAAAGAUGCUGAUCUCUCCUUCAAACAACUCUGAUGUCACCGGCUUGACGUAAAAUUACGCUGAAAGCUACCAACGAUGAACAGACACUCAAGAAAUGAAAUCCGCCGGAAGCAAAUACUUCGGACUCUAAACUUUCAGUUCUCUCUUAAGAUCUCAAUCCUACCACAGGUCAUUCUUUGAAAGCAGUGAAUUGAUCUAAAAAGACAAAAAAAGAAAGGGAAAAAAAAAGAGAUCUAAGAAUGACCUGUAAGGGUUAACUUCUGCGCCGCCAAAAAUAACAGAGAUCCCCACUGAACCUGCUGAUCAAUACCCAUUCGGGAGUCGAACCCAAAUAGAACGCUUGGUGUACAAUGAAUCACCUCUCACAGUUGGAAAUCAACACAGGUGGACUACCACCUACCUUCACCCAAAUAGAACGCUUGGUCAGUAUAGCUGUAUCUGUAUCUGGGCAAUUUCAGAUCUAGAUACAGCGAUAACGACCGGGGGGUCUAUUCGAGUGAAGACAGUAGUAGUAGGAACUUGGACGCAGAUCAACCUCCUCCUUCAGCUCCGCUGUCAGUAUAGCUGUAUCUGUAUCUGGACAAUUUCAGAUCUAGAUACGGCGAUAACGACCGGGGGGGUCUGUUAAAACCACCAUAGCACACACGGGCUUGGAGCCGCUGCACUGUGCGCCAAUUUUUUUUUUCCGAACCGCCAGCGGCGCACUUUUUUCCUUCCUUCUUUGGCUGGUGCAGCCAGCCACGCGCACCCACACCCGAGGCGUGAAAAUUUCGGGAGUAGGCGAGAUGAGCAAAUCUCCACAAGGGCUGGGGCCGUGUACGAGCAGUUUAAUCGCUGCUAUCUCUUGCACAAGGCCUGCAACAGGCAGGAGAGAGCAAGUCGCCAGCUCUCUUCGGAUUUCUUUUUCCCAAACGCCUCUGUCAGUGUACGGCGCAUUAAUCUAUGGGCUGAAAUUUCAGCCAUUAAAACUGCCAGUACAUGGCUCCAGCCUUGGGUCAUCUGCCUAUGUCCCUGCUAACCAUGCACAAGCAACAGGCAUGGCAGGCUGGCUCUCUUACUUCCUUGGGUCCCUCUGCCUGUAGUGCAACAAUUCCUUCUCUACUAUGUCUAGAGGAAAAACUUGCACCGGGAAACUACUCAUCAUGAAAUGCACGCACAAGCAAACAAUCCACCAUCAAAAGUUCAAAACUAGAAAAAAAUAAAAUAAAAAAAAUCACCAUCAAAACAAACAAUUCACCAUCGA